AACUUAGGCUAAAUUAUUAUUAUCAUUGCACCGUUAACGUCUUAACCUAUUUCCAAAGACCUCGUCAUACAUAUUUUGUAGAGUGUCCGUUUCCUUUCCGGGUUGGUUCCUCCAGAGCCGGGUCUAGGAGAGCCUACAUUUGUGCGAAGCUGAUUUUCCGACCAGUCUGCUGGAUCAUCAAAUUUCAUAAUUCGUGCGAAGUUUGCCUUGGCUUUUUCAGCGGACGGAACUGCUCCUGUGACUCUUCAUCCCAGCGGGUCAAAGGGUAACACGUAUUUAGUGAUGUAUUAACAUUACUUAGGCGGCUCCCACCAGCAGAUUUGCCUUGUUUUCUGUACAGCAGCUGGACUCGGAAAUGUCUGCUUGAAAUAUCCCUGACCCAAAAAAGGCGCCCAGUUUUGUAAUGAUUGAUUAGAGCAACAACAAUGGCAACGAAGGCUCAGGUUUUGUAUGACUUCAUCGCUGAAGCAGGAAAUAAUGAGCUGUCAGUGAGGGAGGGCGAGACCGUCACCAUCACCAACCUAAGCAUUGGAGGAGGCUGGAUCGAGGCACAGAACUCGAGAGGAGAGAUUGGCCUGGUGCCAGAGGACUACAUUGAGGUCGGUAAGCCAUCACAAGGAGGUGGAGGAGCAGGAGGAGCAGGAGGGGGAGGAGGAGGAGGAGGAGGAGGAGGAGGGGGAGGAGGAGGAGGAGGAGUGGGUAGUGCACCCCCACUGGAUCUGUCUUUCUUCGACUCACGCCCUGCCGCAGCAGCCAGCACAACAACACACAGCCAAGUGAUUGUAGCUCAGCCGGAGACGCCUGACAGCCCGGCCGUCUCCCCCGAUACUCCUGAUGAGGCGAGUAAUGGCACUGACCCGUGGUCAGCCUUCUCCACUGAUGCCAGCGGCGGCUUCUCCAACAACUGGGCAUCCCAGCCGCAGGGCACCGAGACGGGCAGGACCAGCACCCACGACCCCUGGGGCUCCACCGCCCAGACCCACCCACAGGCCUACCAGGGCCCAGGUGCUGAGGAUGACGAGUGGGAUGACGAGUGGGACGAGAAGUCGACGGGAGGGUACGGCGAAUCAGAGGCAGGGGAGGGCGGGGCCAUGAACAGAGGAGGGGCCACCGGAACCUCCAUGAAAAUCAAGUUCCCAAGCUUCUCUAAGUCGGGACCUGAGUUGUAUCUCCUCUCCAAACCUGUUCCCAAAGGAAAGGACAGACUGCUAGUCUAUAUGGGGGAGGUGGGUCCCAUCUGGUCGUACCCUGAGACUGCGCUGGACUGUGUGGUGGCGGACCCCAAGAAGGGCACUAAGAUGUACGGCCUGAAGAGCUACAUCGAGUACCAGGUCUCCCCCAAUACCACCAACAGGCCUGUCAAUCACAGAUACAAGCACUUUGAUUGGCUGUACGAGAGGCUGCUGGAUAAGUAUGGCUCAGCGGUCCCCAUCCCAGCUCUUCCUGAUAAACAGGUGACAGGGCGCUUCGAGGAGGAGUUCAUUAAGAUGCGCAUGGAGAGGUUGCAGGGCUGGAUGACCAGGAUGUGUCGACACCCCGUCAUCGCCACCAGCGACGUCUUCCAACUCUUCCUCUCCUACAAGGACGAGAAGGACUGGAAGCUGGGCAAGAGGAAAGCGGAGAAGGACGAGGCUGUGGGCGCCAUGAUCUUCUCCACCAUCGACCCCGAGGGGUUGCCAGAUAUCGACCCCAUUGAAGUAGAACACAAGUGUGAGCAGUUUACUAGGUUUACUAAGGCGAUGGACGACGGUGUAAAAGACCUGCUGACAGUGGGGCAAGAGCACUGGAAGAGAUGUACAGGACCCCUGCCUAAAGAGUACCAGCGGAUCGGUAAGGGCUUCCAGAACCUCUCAUCGGUCUUCAACAGCAGUGGAUAUGAAGGGGAGGCCACUCUCACAGACGCACUGUCAGAAGCAGGGAAGACCUAUGAGGAGAUCGCUCUGAUGGUUGCCGAGCAGCCCAAGAAAGACCUGCACUUCCUCAUGGAGACCAACAACGAGUACAAGGGCCUUCUGGGAUGCUUCCCCGACACCAUCGGAGUCCACAAGGCUGCCAUAGAGAAGGUGAAGGAGGCGGACAAACUGGUGGCCACUAGUAAGAUCACCGCUGCUGACAAGAUCACCAUGGGCAAGCGCACGAGCACGAUGUCAUAUGCAUUACAAGCUGAGAUGAACCAUUUCCACAGCAACCGUAUCUAUGACUACAACCGUGUGAUGAGGUUGUACCUCGAGCAGCAGGUCAAGUUCUAUGAAACGAUUGCUGAGAAGCUGAAGCAUGCUCACAGUCAGUUUACCGCCAUGUGAUGUGAUGAUGUCAUCAUGUCACAGAUGCCAACCGACCGCAGCACUCAACAGCUUUCUUUUUCUCUUUAUCUCUUCUUUUUCAUCCCUUCAUUCUUUCUUUCUCUUUCUUUUCUUCAUUCCUCCUUUCUUUAAUUCUUUCUCUCGCUUCUGGUGUCUUCCAUCUCCAGCUCUCUCUCUCUCUCUGUCUCACUCUCUCAGUAUUGCCAAAUCAGGUUUUAUAUAUAUAUAAGUACACACACACACACACGGGUCCACAGCAGCCUUGACUCUGAGGAUGGAGUGAGUGAGUGAGUGAGUGAGUGAGUGAGUGUGUGUGUGUGUGUGUGUGUGUGUGUGUGUGUGUGUGUGUGUGUGAUGGGUCGAGUGCAGUAACCAAUGAAGGAGACUAUUGCAUGACAAUAAGCCAAUGAGCCGUAGCCUUAGAGCCCCCGGGAGACACUCGCACACACUCACACACACUCACACACACACACUCACACACACUCUCACACACACACUCACACACACUCUCACA